AUGGAGACAAAACAACAGUCCGGUACUAAUGUUGCAGCUUCUGCUGCUAUCUGCAAUGACUUCCAGGAUGGGAGCAAUAGGCUUUCGGACCCAUGCACUAAAGAUGGGUCGAUUGAUUGGCGUGGAAAAUUUGCAAUCAAGAGAAAAACUGGUGGAUGGAAAUCUGGAAUGCUUUUGCUAGUGAAUGAAGGACUGGCCAUUAUUGCAUUUACUGGAGUGGAAGUGAACAUGGUUUUGUUCUCAAAGACUGUACUGAGGCAAUCAAAUGCUGAGGCAGCCAAUAUGUUCAGCAGGUGGAUGGGAACUCUUUACAUAUUCUCUUUGUUGGGGGCUUUUCUCAGUGAUUCCUACUUGGGAAGAUACCUCACUUGUAUCAUAUUCCAGGCUGUUUUGGUUAUUGGUCUGGCAACAUUGUCUUUGUCAACUCAUGCAUUUAUGCUGGAACCCAAAGGUUGUGGCAGGAUAGGAGAACUAUGCAACCCUCACACACCAGCUGAAACAUCAAUUUUCUACUUAUCAAUUUACUUACUAGCUUUAGGAAGUGGAGCUGUAGAGCCUGUACUAGCAACAUUUGGUGCAGACCAAUUCGAUGAAGAUGACCCUGAAGAAAAAAAAUCGAAAACUGCAUUUUUUGGCUACUUCUACGUUGCCCUAAACCUUGGAUCCUUGAUCGCGGAGACAUUUCUGGUGUAUUUGGAGAAUAUGGGGAAGUGGGUGGUGGCAUUUUGGAUAUCUACUUCUUGUGGCUUUGUUGCAUUGAUUUUACUACUAAGUGGGACUUGUAGAUAUAGGCAUUUCAAACCUAGUGGAAAUCCCAUCUCUAGGUUCUCUCAAGUAAUAGUGGCUUCCAUGAGAAAACUGGAGCUUGAAGUUCCCUCAAUUGGAGAAGGGCUACAUGAAAUUCAUGGAAGGGAUGAGAAAGAUGGUACAAGAAGAAUACUCCAUACCAAUGAUUUCAAGUUUCUUGACAGAGCGGCCAUUAUCACCCCAAAGGACAUGACCUUGACAUCAACCAAAGGCCAAGCUCCAAAUCCAUGGCGUCUGUGCACUGUCACACAAGUUGAAGAGGUAAAAUGUGUACUGAGACUACUACCAAUAUGGUCCUGCACCAUGUUAUCGUCCUUGGUGUUCAUUCAAAUGAUUUCUCUCUUCAUCGAGCAAGGUGCCGCCAUGAACACACUGGUCUCGACCUUUCAUAUCCCUCCGGCUAGCAUGACUACAUUUGACAUUCUAAGUACUUCAACUUUCAUCAUCUGCUAUGACAAGCUUAUUGUUCCUUUGUAUGUUAGAGUUACAAGAAGAAAGCCAAAGCCUCCUAGUGAGCUACAGAGAAUGGGAAUAGGGUUGGCGAUUGGAAUAGUAGCCAUGAUCAUCGCAGCCUUAGUCGAGCAACACAGGUUAAGAUUAGCUAAUGAAGUGGCAAAAGAAACAAGUUCUUUGAGCAUUCUCUGGCAGACUCCACAGUAUGUGCUUGUUGGAGUGGCAGAAGCAUUCAUGUAUGUUGCUCAAUGGGAGUUUUUUGCAGCACAAAUACCUGAUGGAUUGAAGAGCUUGGGGCUUGGUUUGUCAAUGUCUUCUGCAGCAAUGGGUAGUUAUUUGUGCAGCAUGAUCUUGACUGUGGUGAUGAAGAUAACAUCAAAUAAUGGAAAGCCAGGUUGGAUAACUCCAAACCUAAACGAUGGGCAUAUGGAUCGAUUUUUCUUCCUUUCUGCUGCUCUGACUGCACUCAACCUCGGGUUCUUUAUUUUUUGUGCUAAGCGCUAUAAUUGUAUAGUGGUAGAGAAACGAGAUGGAGGAACUAGGAUGGAGGAGGCUUGA